AUGGCCCUUCUAAACACCCCUCAGAGGAAAAAAAGUGACGAAUUCGCUCACCUCCUCUACACCAUAAACGAGGACUACGGUCUCGAACUUCCCCAUGAGAAGAACAUAGAUUGGUCCCCGCGUGCAUGGGAGGGGAUCGAAAGAAGCAGUUUACGCUGGCGAUGUCUUCGUGUUUUGCGAACUUUGUUCUUUCGAGAUAAGGGUUCUGUUUAUCGGGCGCUUGGGGAUUUUAGUGAAUGGGUUGCUGGGAGGAGGGUUUUACCUGGAGCUGUCUCGAGUUUAGGCUCAAGCUCAGGUUCAGGUUCAACCAGGGCACAGCGCGGAUCGGCCCGCAGAACAAGAACAACACGACAAGGAAGUGUUGAGGAUCCUGACCUUGACCCCCCACUUCUAAGUGAUGAUGAGAAAGAUGCGCGCAUUGAGUAUUUUCUGCGUGUGCUUGGGGAUCAGAUGUAUUUGCUGAAUCCUGAUGGGCACAAGAGGAUCUCUGAAGAAUUUACCUCUGGUGAGAGUGAGAGGGUUGUGUCGCCGAAGAGGCGGAGACUAGAGUGGGAUCGGGAUGACUAUGAAGACGAAAGUGAAGAGAAAGAAAAUGAGAGUGAUGUCUUUCAUACUGCACCGAAUUCACCAACUACAUCUAAUGGGUCUGUUUCUGCUUCUGCAAAGGCAAUGCCUCCGCCUGCGAAAUUAGAUCUGGGCCUGGGCCUGGACUUUGAUCUUGAUUCCGAGAUAAGUUUGGCGCUCGAGCUCAAUGGGUCGAGUGAUCGGGGUAGAGAUCGAGAUUCCGUGAAGAUGAGUUUCAUGGAACGACUUACGCAGAAGCUUCCAUCUUUCACACGAUCGCGCGAUGAGCGGAGUUUCGAUACAGUUGUUGAUUCUGUCUUUUCGUCUCAUGGACGAAUAAACGAGUCCUUCGAUACUGAUACGGCGGAGCCGAUUGAUAGACAAUCUAAUACACAAUCUACAUAUGCUGAUUCAAUCGUUGAACUUUGGCUUUCAGAAGGGGGCGAUGAUCUCGAUGCAGCAUUGGAAGCUACAAAGCAACGAAUUAUCAACGAUUUAUUGGACAAGGGUCCCUUUUCUCUUGCAAAAAUCUUACCCAACACCAUCCCACUCUUACAACGCUAUGAGCUGGAGCGCAUAGGAAGAGCCUGGAAUGUCCCUCUCGACAAGAUGUUGAUUCCGGGUACCAUUCCAUCCCAAGAGUACACCGACUUCUGGACCAGCAUAGAAGGUCACAACCAGCGGAACUACCAAGCUAUACCGGAGAAGCCAUCCCGGCGAGCCUGGGACGCAGCAGUCGGAGACUUUAAAACAGAGCGACAUUCCGAGGCGGUAGUUUUCACCGGCGAGAUGAGCUGGGUCCCCUUGAAAGAUGGCCUUUUCAGUCUAAAGCUCCAUCCACCAAAAACAGAAAAGACGUGUCGCUUUCAUCGCCGUUUCGGUUCAGAUCGAUUCCUUUCACUUACGAUACCAGAUCUAUCGCAUCCACAAGAGGAUGUCGGGUGUCCGUCUCAUCCAUCACUUCUACGAGAAAGUGUUUCUGCAUGGCUUACCCGAAACGAUCACCUAUGUAUCGGAAGACGAUGGAGACCAUUUUUCAUUGAAGAAGUGAAAAGCAAAAGUAAAGAGAAGCGCGAGCCACGAUUCCGUGUUGAUUUUUUUGCUGUUGAUGGCAUAGACUUUUGUCGGAAUGUAUCGUCUAUAUCUUUCGUUUCAUUACCGGGUCAAAACAGUGAUGCACAUACACGGAUGAGCGUGAAUGAUUUACUCGAGUGGCAUAUGCCAUCUGAGCAAAAUGCAGACCAGAAGAACUGUAAAUUAUUCCAGCGACUUUCACUCGGACUGUCGAAAACUUUUGUCUCUGUCACAGUGAAGCCUACACAGGUACUCCAUUUACGAGAUAAUUCUCGCUGGAAACAAUGUAUGAAUGAUGGGUGUGCUUUAAUGUCGAGGGCGCUGGCAAAGCAAAUCUGCGAGGUAUUGGGGAUCACGGGGGAUGGGAACAAGCAGAUUCCGAGCGCGUUUCAGGGUCGAAUUGCAGGUGCUAAGGGGUUAUGGAUGGUCGAUCGGGCUCAAUCACGACAUCAGAGUUUCAGCGAUAAUGGAGGCGAUGAUGUGUGGAUUGAGAUAUCUGACUCGCAGCUGAAGAUCCAUCCUCAUCCACAGUAUUGGAGUGAACCCAUUGAUGAGGAGAAAUUGACAUUUGAAGUUGUUAGCUGGUCAAAGCCUUUGCGUCCGGUCGAAUUGAAUGUUCAAUUAUUGGUCAUAUUGGACCAUGGUGGGGAUGUGAAGGAGUACAUUGCUCAGCUGGCGAAAAGAGGUCUUAGCGAGUUAGCAGAAGAACUCAAGACUGUGCUCGACGCUGAUAACAACCUCCUUUGUCUCGGCCUUAUGCAGAAGCUAAAACCACCCGCUAGGUCGUGGGCAUUGAACGAUGGAGAAUUUGUUGUCCGUUUAUCGCAAGCGGGCUUUACGCCUCAGACCUUCUUCCCGCUCCGUCAAAAACUCCAGAAAGUGUUUCAAGAGGCUAUCCAGCGUCGAGUCGAGGAACUGCAUAUCCCAGUCCCACUAUCGACAUACGCAUACUGUAUCGCCGAUCCAUAUGGAGUUCUUGAGGCAGAUGAAGUCCACUUCGCCUUCUCGAGUAACUGGCAAGAUCCAGACGGGAACUUCCAAGAAUCCGAACUCAUGGACACAGACGUUCUCGUCGGCCGAUUACCAGCACACAUACCAUCCGAUAUCCAACGACGCAAAGCAGUCUAUAGGUCUGAGCUUCGCCAUUUCAAAGACGUGAUUGUAUUCUCAAUGAAAGGCGAUAUCCCUCUUGCUCACAUAUUAUCUGGCGGUGACUACGAUGGUGAUACGCCAUGGAUAUGCUGGGAUCCUACACUGGUGAACAGUUUCCAGAAUUCGAACCUACCCGAGAAAGAAUUCAAACCUGAACAUUUCGGUCUCACGAGCCAUUCAGUGAAGAUGUCAACGUUAAGAAAUGCAGGAGAUUUCCUUGAAAAGUCCUUCUCAUUCAACUUGACUACAUCUAGUCUUGGACGAUGCACCGUUGAUCAUGAGAAGAUUGUUUAUGACAAGUCUAUUGAUUGUCCUGAAGCAUUGGAGUUAUCAUGUCUACUAAGCCAUCUUGUUGAUGGAAGGAAAGGCGGAUUCUACCUCACCGAAGAGACAUAUCAAGAACUCGGGAGGAAAAGAGGUCUCCGAUAUCUUCCAUGGCCUGCAUACCGAGAAUCCUGCAAUGAACGCAGGAGGAGACCGAAAAGAACAAAUAUCGUCGAUUAUAUCAAAUUCUUCGUUGCAGAAAGCCAUAGCAAAACCCUCCUAACAGAAAUCGAGUCUCGAUAUCCCGCUAACGACAGCUUCAAAAACCUAGACCAAGAUCUAACCCGACCCUACAAGGAAGCCCAAAAAUGCGCAAACGACGAACGUUCCUCCAACGGAAACCUAUACCAAGCACUAGAAACCAUCACCACAUGCAUAAAAGAAGUAAAAAAGCAAUGGGACACGUCAAAAAACGACCAAACAACCUACUCCCUCCGUGCACAACAUUUAUCCGACACAGCUAGAUCAAUUGACCCACCAAGCAAUUCCUUGCACUCACUAGUGCAUACAUGGCAAAACAGUCGGGUAGAAUGGCACCGUCUCCUCGCGUCAAUGGCAUACAGACUAUGGCCUUCUACCCCGUUUGUCUGGUUAGCGUUUGGAGAUGUGUUAUGUGAUUUGAAAGCGGAGACAUUGCCUUCUCGAAGCAUUACGAAUGUUUCAAUGGCUUGUUACAAGGUUAAUCAGAAGUUUGUGUCGCAGCUUACUGCUACUGAGCUUCCGGCGAAUAAUAUGGAGAGCGAGGGGUUUGGUGAGUUUACUUAUGAGGGUGAGGAGGAGAUUGAGGCGUUGAUGUUGGGGGUUAAUAUGGGGUAUUACAGUGGAUUGGAUGAUAAGUUGUGCAUCCAGUAG